AAAUGUCUGACCAGUCAAUUGUCGAAGCAGUUCAACAACGAUGGCAUCCGAUGAGGAUCAAACAUCAGCGUCGAUCCCGCUUGACGAUGUCGAAUACCCCGUCGUGCUUGGCCAGUCGCUGAUGGAGCCGGAUGACGAUAAAGAAGAGCAGGGUGCCGUGUACGCGUCUUUUGGUUACGAAUUUCAGCCGGCAUCGGUGGACAAGAGCACGCCCGGACUCGUGAGUGUGGACGGAUCCAGCGGCGUGCAGGUGCUCAUGGGCUCGUCCACGGGUGGCGUGACCUUUAAGGGCAAAGUGAUGGAGAACAAGGAGACAGACUGCCUGCUGAUCUUCGACGGCUCCGGCUUCCGGCUCGAGCGCUGCCCGUUUUCCUGCAUGCAGCUGCGGCACGUGCGAGCCCCCACGCCACGGCAACGUGUGAAGAUCCCUGCCAAACAACCCAGCGGCAUUGUUGCUGUGCCUGUGCCGGGGUUGAAGGACGGUAGUGCAUCAGCAGGAUCAGUGCCAGUACCAAGUAGGGCAAGCAAGGCACCGGUCGGGAGACCAAAAGGGUCUCGCAACAAAAAGCCCGUGAGCACGGACACUCCAACUGCAAAGCGACCUAGAGGUAGACCGAAAGGUUCGACGAAAGCAGCCAUUGCAGCGAAGAAAGCGCGGCUAGAAACCAAAGAUAAUAGCGACACGUGAGUCUCAUCUGAUGCAUUUAUAGUACUAUGAAUUCGACAAUGACCAUGAGGCUCUUGACAGCCUAUGCUCCUGUCAACGACAGCA